AUGCAUCUGUCAGGACCGUUUAAAUGGAGCCAGAAAUUAAUCUCAUCUGUAUCGAGGAGGAAAUGCGCUGGUGCUAGACAACAACAGCCGUUAGUGAAUCUCCGAGAACACCGGUACAACAAUCGGGAUUAUGAACCUUACGCCUUGGGCGCAAGGUCGGGUUCGGCUCGCGACCGUCACGCGUCCGCCGUCGGUAGGGAUAAUGAGCCUUACGCGUUGGGCACAAGGUCGGGUUCGGCUCGCGACCGUCACGCGUCCGCCGUCGGUAGGGAUAAUGAGCCUUACGCGUUGGGCGCAAGAUCGAGCUCGGCUCGCGACCGUCACGCGUCCGCCGUCAGUAGGGAUAAGGAGCGCGGCUCGCGACCGUCACGCGUCCGCCGUCGG